AUGUUAGUGAGGCAGUUGGAGGAAGAACUGAGACUGAGGAUGCGCCAGCCCGCCCCUGAGCUUCAGCAACAAUUGGAGGCACUGUACGCGGAAAACGAACAUCUACAGAGAGAGAUAGCCAUACUGAGGGACACCAUAAAAGAACUAGAGCUACGUAUUGAGACGCAGAAGCAAACGUUGCAAGCAAGAGAUGAGAGCAUCAAAAAGUUGCUGGAGAUGCUGCAGAAUAAGGGAAUGGGUAAAGAAGAAGAGAGACAAAUGUUCCAACAGAUGCAGGCGAUGGCACAGAAGCAGCCGUCUUUGGGCGUUCGGAGCGUGCACCAUCGACGAACGCCCGCGACUGGGGCUGCGCGGGGUGGGGCAGCCCCAGCUGGGGGGGGGGGCGCGGGGCGGCGGCGGCUGACCGAGUGCGUCCCGCAGGAGCUCAAGGCGACGGCCGACACGCUGCGGGCGCUGCAGACGCAGCUGGAACGGGCGUUGGCGGCGGCCGGGCUGCCCGGCGGCAGCGCCGGCGCCACCCUCACCGCAGUGCUCGAGACGAAGGAAGCGCGCAUCGCGACGCUCGAGCGGCAGGUGGCGUUGCUCGAGAGCGAGCUGGCAGCGCUCGUGUCGCCGCCGCCGCCCUCGCUAGCGCCGUCCCACGCCUCGCUUUACGAUAAGGCCGACCCUCCGUUCAAGAGACAACUCGAUGAGUUCCGGUUGGAGAUCCAGAGGAGGGACCAGGAGAUCUUGGCGAUGGCUGCAAAGAUGAAGGCGUUAGAGGAACAACACCAAGACUAUCAGCGCCACAUCGCAGUCCUCAAGGAAUCCCUCUGCGCUAAGGAAGAACACUACAGCAUGUUGCAAACGGAUGUGGAAGAACUAAAAGCACGCCUAGAUGAGAAGAGCAGACUCGUAGAGAAGAAGACUGCUGCAGCACUCGCUGCUGCUCACGAGCUCGCGGAGCUUAGAGACCACUCCGAAAUAAAAGACCGGAAGAUCAAUGUUCUGCAGAGAAAGAUUGAGAAUUUGGAGGACCUUCUCAAGGAGAAAGAUAACCAAGUUGACAUGGCCCGAGCCAGGCUGAACGCAAUGCAGGCGCACCACUGCUCUUCUGAAGGGGCUCUAUCAUCACUGGAAGAGGUUAUUGGUGACAAAGAGAAGCAAAUACAGCAACUAAGAGAGCAGAGAGAUCGGGCGGAACACGAAAAGAACGAAGAGAGGGAGUUACACGAAAGGGAGAUCGCAGAGUAUAAGAUGAAAUUGCACGCGCUAGAGAGUGAAGUGGAGAAACUCGGCGCCAGACUGGAAAGAGCGCAGGCGGAGAAGGACCGCCUUGAGGCGAAACUGGAGAGCUCUCAGUCGGAGUUAGGGAAGUCGAAGGCAGAACUGGACAAGGCCGCUAGCGAAGUGGGCAGGUCGGGUGCCGACUGGGAAGCGGCGAAACAACGCUUAGCUAGACUAGAGCUCGAAAACGAGCGGCUCAAGCACGAACUGGAGCGGUCCCAGACGACGUUCGGCAGAAGCACCUUAACCACCUCCCAAGAGCUGGACAGGGUACAGGAGAAAGCUGAUAAAUCGGCAGCGGAGUUGAGACGUACUCUGGCGGAACUCAGAGUGACUCAGGCCGAUGCCGAAAGAGCUAGAUCUGAAGCGAGCGCGUUGCAGGACAAACUGGAGAAGUCACAAGGCGAAGUCUACCGUCUCAAGGCCAAAUUGGAAAAUGCACAAACCGAACAAGACAGUCUGAAAGAGGAGUACGAUCGCGUGCAAUCUUCGAUAAGCCGCCUGCAUUCGGAGAGGGACAAGGCCAUUGCGGAACUGGAAAAGGCGAGGGAGGAACUGGAAAGGACCCAGGCGACCCUCGGGAAGGCCCAGCUGCAGCAGGACAAGCUACAAGCAUCCCUGGACGCGGCUCACUCCGAAAUCGACAAGCUGCAAGAAAAGUUGGAUAAGACAACGGUCGAAGUGCGCAAGCUCCAAGUGGACAGGGAGAAACAGGCCUAUGACUUCGAAUCCAUUCAGUCGCAACUGGACAAAGCCCUGGGUCAAGCCGCGCGGCUGCAGAAGGAGAGAGACACCGCUCAGCUGGACGCUGACCGGUUCCGUGACAAGCACGACAAGGCGCAGGCCCUGGUGGCGCGCAUCCAGAAGGAGCGUGACGCGACACUGGCGGAGGCGGCCAGCUGUCGCGAGCGCGCUGAAGCAGCGGCCGCCGCCGCCAACCGAGCGGCGAGGGAUCGUGACAGCGCUGCCACAGAGCUGGAUGUGCUGAGGGAGAGAUGGGAGAAGGCGCACCAGCAACACCAGAAGUUGACGAUGGAGCGAGAUGAUGCACUAACUGAGCUUGAGAUACUGAAAGAAAAACUGGAUAAAGCCCUAUAUUCUACACAAAAGACUAUUGAAGAAAAAGAGACAGCGCACAAAGAAUAUGAAAAAAUGCUCGAAAAAUAUGACAGAUCACAGAACGAAAUUUAUAGAUUGCAGAACAAGAUAGACAUCCUAGAAGCUGAUAAAGAUCGCAUUGACCUUGAGCUGGAAAAGCAAACGCAUUUGGCGACUAAAUCUCGAGAAGAGCAAAGAAAAUUACAAGAUGAAUUGGCUAGGUUACAGGAAAUGUAUGAUCGAGCAUCUCUGCAACUCGGCAGGACAAAGGAGCUAGAAGAAAAGGCUAAGGAAGAUAUGGACAGAAUGAGUGUCGAUAUUGAAAUGGUUAGAGAACGUUACGAAAAGGGCCAAAUCGAACUGCGUAGAUACCAAGCAGAAAAGGAGAAAUUGGUGGCGGACAACGAGAGACUUCAAUUCGAAUAUGACCGCGCGAUGACGCAGUGUGGUAAAGCUCAAGCAUCGAAUGAGAAAACUCAAGAAGAAAUGGCUAGAGUGCAAAUAGAGCUCGAAAAGAUGUAUGACAAACAUGAUAAGGUAUCGGCUGAGUUAAGGAGGGUUCAGGCUGAGUUGGAUAAAGUUAAGCAGGAUGCCAGCGGAGCAAGGGAGGAAGCGGAGAGAUAUGCGUCCCGCUACGGCAAAUAUCACGACAGCAAGGAGGAACACGAAAGGACAAAGCUGGAGGUGGAGCGUCUGCGCACGCGGCUAGAGAAGACAACACUAGACUUGGAGCGGGCACGCAAAGCUGAGGAAGAGGUGACCCGUCUGCGCUCGGAGCUCGAACGCGUCGAAGGCCUGCGAGGUAAAUACCAAUUCGAACAGGAUAAAUGGAGUAACGAAAUAAGCAGAAUGCAGGCUGAACUGGACAAGCACCGUGAACGGUACGAAUCGUCGCAAGCUGAAAUUCAACGUCUUCAAGCCGAAAAGGAGCAAGCGGAAACUAAGUUACACGAGUCCAACAUACAGUUGGAGCUUUCAAAGAGUGAGGUUACAAAGCUUAGUGCAGCGUUGGAGAAGCAAAGGACAGAUCUUGAACGCGCUCAUAUUGAGUGCGAGAAGUUUAGGGACCGAUGUGAGAAGUUGAAGCUGCGUUCAGAGCAAUUAGACAAAGAUAAUGAGAGACUUAAGGGCGAACUGCAGCAGAUAGAACGCAUGAAGUUACAAGCUGUCGCUGGAGACAAAGCGAGGACUGAAGACAGACUCGAAAUAGAGCGUCUAAGAGAGAAAUUGGAAAAAGCUAUACAAGCAAGGGAUGCCACAGAAAUGGAGGCUGGUCGCUUAGCGAAAGAACUUGAAAAAUCGCAGAUGCAUCUUGCUAAAUACCAAGAAACGAAUGAGACGACAAGAGUUGAAUACGACCGAAUGACUAAUGAGUUGGGCCGAAUGCAUGAGAGGCUUGAACGUACGAUCCUAGAAAUGAGACAGAUUGAACAGGAGAGAGAUGCACUGAGAGUAGAGAUACAAAACACGCGGCGUAAUAUAGAACAACAACAGAGAACACUAGACCACCGAACGCAAGAAACUUUAGUUAAAUUACAACAGGAGUUGGCGCAAUCAGUACGAGACCGUGAAAAGAUGGCUUCUAUAUUAGAACAGCGAGAUAAGCAGGCAGAUGCUAUAGAAAAGCAAAUUGUGAAACUAGAGGCUGACACAAAGCAGUUGACUAUCGAAAGGGAUCAAUUAGUGGCACAACUAGAGAAAUCUCAGGAUAUGUUGGUAAAUUUCCAACGAGAGCUCAACUCAUCGGAGGCAGAACUACAAAGCAGCGUGAGGAAGUCCGCAGAU